AUGGCUUCGAAACCGGCUUUUGGGUACGUGGUGCUUUACGUGAAAGACGUAGCCGCCUCGGUGGCUUUCUACGCCAAAGCUUUCGGCUAUGCCGUUCGUCGCUUAGACGAGUCUCACAGAUGGGGAGAGUUGGAAUCGGGGAGCACAACUAUCGCUUUCACUCCAAUUCACCAGCACGAGACCGAUAAUCUGACCGGUACGGUCCACAACCCUGGAUCUGAUCGAGAAAGACCACCCAUGGAGGUUUGUUUCGUUUACUCCGACGUUGAUGUUGCUUAUAAGUGUGCGGUGGAGAAUGGAGCGGUGGUGGUGAGGGAGCCUGAGGUGAAGGAGUGGGGGCAGAAGGUUGGGUAUGUCAGAGAUAUUGAUGGCAAUGUCGUCAGAAUGGGAAGCCAUGUCAACCCACCCAAAUAG